CCGACGAGAACGCUGCGGUAGCCAUUUUGAUGGAAGUUCGAGGUUAGAAAAAAACAAGCAGGCGGGUUUUUGUUGUGUAUUUUCAGUUGUUUAUCACUGACCGUGCGCUGUUUUGUAGCAGUUGAACACUUGUAAAUUAAUUAUUCGUUGGUAAUUUGACGAGCUUUCGCCUCCUGCCUCACUCCACUCGUGUAAAACCGUUGAAAAAAACAACCGCGCGGACGCCGCGGAGAGCUUCCUGCCAUUCAUUUGCCGUUAGCGGUGUAGCGCAGAGUGGAUGGACGAUAAUUUAGGGCGAGAGCUUUAUGGACAAUAAACAUACAUCCCCCAUAUAAUCGUAACCACAGGUACCUGUGUUUGAUAGAUAACGUACUGUUUGGUGCAGCGUGCGCGUUUUGAGCUCGAACUGUUGCCGUAUUUGCUAGCUAGCAGUGCUAGCUGACUAAAUAAUUGAGCGAGCGCGGUGGCUAACCACCGCUAGCACAGAGCGAGCGGCCGCUGUGAUAUUCACCGUCCGAGUGAACUAUGUCUGAGUGUUACAUUCGCGUGGCUGAGGACGAGAAUGAGGAGCCGAUGGAAAUCCCCUCGGAGGAAGACGGCACGGUGCUGUUGUCUACCGUAGCAGCGCAGUUCCCCGGAGCCUGCGGCCUGCGCUACCGAAGCCCCGUGUCCCAGUGCAUGCGGGGGGUGCGCCUCGUUGAGGGCGUGCUGCACGCACCAGACUCGGACUGGGGCAACCUGGUCUACGUGGUCAAUUAUCCGAAAGAUAACAAAAGAAAGAUGGAUGAAAUGGAUGCUGCCUCUGCUGUAAAGAUUAAGAGAGGUAUUCAGAAAACCUCAGAUUUAAUCGUUCUUGGCUUACCAUGGAAAACCUCUGAACAAGACCUGAAAGACUAUUUCAGUACUUUUGGGGAGGUCAUAAUGGUACAGGUUAAAAGAGAUGUGAAAACUGGGAACUCCAAAGGAUUUGGCUUUGUGAGAUUUGCAGACUAUGAGACACAGAUUAAAGUCAUGUCUCAACGGCAUAUGAUUGAUGGAAGGUGGUGUGACUGUAAGCUCCCUAACUCAAAGUAUUUCCUGGAACAGGCCGGGCCAGACGAGCCUAUGCGGAGUAGGAAAGUGUUUGUGGGCCGCUGUACUGAGGACAUGACUGCUGAUGACCUUAGGCAGUUCUUUAUGCAGUAUGGCGAAGUCACAGAUGUCUUCAUUCCUAAGCCUUUCCGGGCUUUCGCCUUUGUCACUUUUGCUGACGACCAGGUUGCCCAGUCCCUGUGUGGAGAGGACCUGAUCAUAAAGGGCACCAGUGUGCACAUCUCCAACGCAGAGCCUAAGCAUAAUAAUAGUAGGCAAAUGAUGGAUCGUGGUCGUUUCGGGGGGUUUGGGCAGGGCUUUGGUAGCAGUCGCAGUCCUAACAGCAGUGUGAAUUUUGGGGCUCUUAGCCUCAACCCAGCCAUGAUGGCAGCUGCCCAGGCAGCCCUCCAGAGCAGCUGGGGUAUGAUGGGCAUGUUGGCCAGUCAGCAAGGUCAGACGGCUGCCUCUGGCACCACUGCUGCUGGCCAAACAAGUGGCAGCAGAGAUCAGAACCAGAGCUAUAGCACAAGUGGUAACUAUAACACCACCAGUUCAGCUAGUCUAGGGUGGGGUGCAGGCACUAAUUCGGCCUCUGGCAGUGGGUUCAAUUCUGGCUUUGGCUCUAGUAUGGAGACCAAGUCUAGUUGGGGGAUGUAAAGAGUUGCUUUUGAAGUGUCCUGAAUUCUAGAUUAUAUGGUAAGUAUUUUGAGAAGAAAGUUUGUAGUCAGAUCUUAUGUCCCUUGUAUUUAGAAGAUAUCUGCUUUUUUUUCCUUUUUGUUUAAAAAAAAAAGUUAUACAUGAAAAAGAUUGAGUGGAUGAAAUUGUGAGAGUGGUACGAACACUAAGUAGAAAUUUGAUUUUUUUUCAGUGAUUCAUUUUGGCUAUACCUGAUCUCCAUAAGUAACGAGUAUUGAGAUCUCAAAUGUGUAUGAGAAUUGUUAGCGCUUCAGUGCCCUCUCAAUCAUACGUAAAGAUGCUGGGUUUUUUUUGUUUGUUUGUUUUUUAAACCUGAUUUGAAUUGUAUUGUGUAGAGUUGUUUGCAUUUUUUGUUUGAAGUUGAUGGUCAAGCCUUCAUAAAUCUCUUCUACAGUUCACCACCUCUUUUCCAAUUUCCCGGGAAGAAGCCCCUCGUUGGCCGCAAUGUUCGAGCGAUCUCAGUAUCAGUACCCUUCUUCCCAUGUGUAAAUGCUUUGCCAUCAAAGAACACAGCUUCACUCUGCAUUUACUGUGUUAGACGGUGGGUGUUGUCUUUUUCUCCCCUUUUUCAUGGAUGAAUCUGUCCGUUAUGUAUCGCUUUGAGAGCAAGUGAGAUGAUGGUGAUGGAUUGUUGGUGGAGAGACUGAAUGAGCGAACGGACUGAGAGAACAUGAACGCAAGUGUGAAAAGAGCUGGUUGUGCGAUGAAAAAAGCAAGAUGCCUGCAAGAUGUGAGAAGAACCUGUGUGAGCGAGUGUGAGCAGCAGCAGCGUAUGUUUUCUGUAGCACCAUCAGAUGGACAUUCGUUGCAUCCUUUAUUCCCCUUUGAUCUCUCUCCUCUCUUCCCUUUUCUCAUAUAAUCAAGCUUAUAUAGUUACAGAAAAAUGUAUGUAGUGGAAUGUCUAGAAAUCUAAGUAUUUGUAUUCUUGCUCUAUUAUCUGUUGUGAAUGCUUGUAUGGUAUGUGUGUUCUAUCUCCUCCCUGUUACUGAUCUCCAAGUGUGAACAAGUGAAGUGGUGUUGUCUGUGAGAAGGCACUGGGGAGUGGGGGUGUGUGGCGUGUGAGCGUGUGCUCUGAGUGUCUAAAGAGGGGUGAUGUGGCGGUGAAAGUUGAAGAAUCCCUAUAGAAAGGUUGCAUUUGUUAAGUGUUUUGAAUGCAUUUUAUAUGUUUUGUGAAAUCAAAGGGAACUCUCGAAUAAAACUAAUUUGACUAGGUA